CUUUUUGAAAAUCCCAGCGAUGUCCUGGAGCUUAGGUUUUGGGCUUCUUACCGCGGACAAACAUUAGCUAGGACUGUACGGGGAAUGAUGUACUACAGGAAGGCAAUUAUGCUCCAGAGCUAUUUGGAAAGGAUUUCUCCCGGAGAUACGGAAGCCACACUCUCAGCAAAGGAGGCCUUUGACACUCAAGGUUUUGAGCUGUCCCCUGAAGCUCGAGCGCAGGCAGAUCUUAAGUUUACGUAUGUUGUAACAUGCCAAAUCUAUGGGAAACAGAAAGAACAACAAAAACCAGAGGCUGCAGACAUUGCAAUGCUGAUGCAACGACACGAGGCUCUUAGAGUUGCUUUCAUUGAUGUUGUUGAAACUCUAAAGGAGGGUAGAGUUCAUACAGAGUACUACUCAAAGCUUGUUAAGGCUGACGACAAUGGGAAAGACAAGGAAAUAUACUCCGUAAAAUUACCAGGAGAUCCAAAACUUGGUGAAGGGAAGCCUGAAAACCAGAACCAUGCUAUCAUUUUUACACGUGGUAGUGCAGUUCAGACAAUUGAUAUGAAUCAGGAUAAUUACUUCGAGGAAGCCUUGAAGAUGAGAAAUUUGCUGGAGGAGUUCUAUCAUGAUCAUGGUAUUCGUCCUCCAACUAUUCUUGGUGUAAGAGAGCAUGUCUUCACAGGAAGUGUUUCAUCCUUGGCGUCAUUCAUGUCCAACCAAGAGACAAGUUUUGUAACUUUAGGCCAACGUGUUUUAGCAAAUCCUCUGAAGGUGCGCAUGCAUUAUGGACAUCCAGAUGUGUUUGAUCGAGUUUUCCACAUAACAAGAGGCGGCAUCAGCAAAGCAUCACGUGUUAUUAACAUUAGCGAAGAUAUAUAUGCUGGGUUCAAUUCAACAUUGCGUCAAGGCAAUAUUACUCACCAUGAGUACAUUCAGGUUGGAAAAGGUCGAGAUGUUGGUCUUAAUCAGAUUGCAGUAUUUGAAGGGAAAGUGGCUAGUGGUAAUGGUGAACAGGUUCUUAGUAGGGACAUUUACAGACUCGGUCAACUCUUUGAUUUCUUCCGCAUGCUGUCGUUCUACUUCACCACUGUUGGAUUUUAUUUUUGUACUAUGUUAACAGUGCUGACUGUGUAUAUUUUUCUGUACGGGAAGAUAUAUUUGGCACUCUCUGGAGCCGGUGAAUCUAUUAUGGAAAAAGCCAAUGUGUUGCAGAACACUGCAUUGACUGCUGCUCUCAAUACACAAUUUCUUUUCCAGAUCGGUGUUUUUACUGCUAUACCGAUGAUUUUGGGAUUCAUUUUGGAGCAAGGUUUUUUGAGGGCGGUUGUCAGUUUUAUCACAAUGCAACUCCAGCUUUGUUCUGUCUUCUUCACAUUUUCUCUUGGCACAAGAACGCAUUAUUUUGGUAGGACAAUUCUCCAUGGGGGUGCAAAGUAUCAAGCAACAGGCAGGGGGUUCGUGGUGCAACAUAUUAAAUUUUCAGCAAAUUAUAGGCUAUACUCGCGAAGCCACUUUGUUAAAGGGUUAGAAGUUGCACUUUUGCUGGUGGUGUACGCUGCUUAUAGAUAUGAUGAUGGUGGUGCUUUAGGCUAUAUUCUUCUUUCUGUUAGCAGUUGGUUCAUGGCACUCUCUUGGCUAUUUGCACCCUAUGUGUUCAAUCCAUCUGGUUUUGAAUGGCAGAAGACUGUAGAGGACUUCAGAGACUGGACAAAUUGGCUCCUGUAUAGAGGUGGUAUCGGAGUAAAGGGCGAGGAGAGCUGGGAAGCUUGGUGGGAUGGGGAAUUGGAACAUAUUCGAACAUUUGGAGGGAGGUUAAUGGAGAUCUUACUGAGUUUAAGAUUUUUCAUUUUCCAGUACGGCAUUGUUUACAAGCUGCAUGCAUCAGGGGAUGAUACCUCUUUGACG